AGAAUGACGUCGAUGAUAAGUGAUGGUCACAGAGAAGACGUCGUCGAGGACGCAGUCUUGGCGUUAGCCUGAGAUCUAUCUACGCUCUAGCCUCUGAAUUACACACAGACACACACGCAGGCCUGGACGCUGUAGUUACUCGUUGCACCAUCAGAAGAUCGACGAAGAAGUAGAAGACGAUGAGGAAGCAGAUCAACUGAACAACUGAACAUCAACUAGUCAUCAGACGGAGAAGGAGAAGAAGGAAGAAGGUGAGAGUCUCACCUUACUACCAUAGAUUGCUCGUGUCCCCAGGCAAGGGAAGAAAGAGACAUUGUUCAGCCCUCUCGCAAUCCGGCUCGAUUUGAACCGGGACUGACGAUUUACUAUGUUUGUGGCGCCUUAGCCAGACCCACCUCCAUUUACGCCCCCAUCCUACGAUGAGUGACCUCAAGCCCGACUUGGUGGCCAAUUCCGGGCCCGAAACGCGGACCGGUGUCAGUUUGGGCCUCUCCGUUCCCGGGCCUGGCUCCAAGAAGACCACUCCUCCCGGAAUCGCGCCGCCACUGAGUCUCAUUAUUACCGGGUUUUCCAAUCUCCGCGUGGCCAAAUCGCGUCAUCGACGGCGCCGAUCCACUCAAUCCCAAGGCUCUCGCCCAGCCUUGCGGUUGAAGCCCAGUUCCAGCUUUAAGAGCUCAGUCAUCAGUCCUCCGAUGUCGCGCUCGCCGGGAGAGAAGAGACCCCUCUUGAUGCCCGGCCGUCUCAAAGUGCCCGAUAGCCUGAGAUCCUUUUCUAGUCUUUCGCCGCCAGUCGGAUCGCCCGUUAACGGUCGAUUAGAUUCGCCAGCUCAAUCUGCGGCUCUGCCUCCAGUACAUAGUGUGGCUUUUGAUUAUCGGGAAAGUGCUCCGUACGGAUUGAGUAGUGGAGCCGCUCAUGGGACCCAAACUUACCGGAUUUCUCGAUCCCUGUCAUCGUCCUCUUUGCCUUCCUUGGAAGACGAUGUGAAGGGCGCCUUGAACACCCUGCCUAUGCCGUUUGGUUCGUUGUCGCAAUCGGUUCAGGAUUUCUCAGAGUGCUGCCGUGAAUUAGAGUGCUUCUCGCUGGCUGAACAAGACCCCGAUAGUAUUCCUCGCCCAAUGGUCAAAGUCCGGAAGCGACGAGGAGGUGGGUCGUGUCCGCCUUUGGGGCCCUCGGUCGGAGGGUUGCCGUCCUCCGACGAGGGCUCCACUCCGACCUCUCAAUCAUGCUCUCACGGUCCAAUGUCACAUUCGUCGAGUUGCGCUUCCGAAGCUCGCCAACAUCAGGAUUACCCCGAUAUUUCAGUCAACGAUCUGGCCGGAUAUCUCGAGGAUUCGAUUAUAUUUCCCAAGAAAAUGUCGUACAUGGCAGAGAUGAUGUAUACCUAGUGUCCAGUCUAGCAACAGAUCAUUUAAUUCAAGCUCCCAGUACUUCUACUUUUACCACCACCACCACUACUACUACUACUACUUCUGCUACUACUGCUACUACUCACGUAACGUAUCAAUGAUAACAACUGCCCGCCCGUUUUGGAACCGCUAAUAAAUUCGGAACCUCGAUCAUAACACCGCUUGCGGCAUUCAGUUUUUGAGUUGGCUUGCUAGAUCGCCCUUUGUUCAUUGAUUUCAG